UUCUCCUUCUCCCCAACCUCGAGCGAGAGAGAACCCUCGUACCGCCGCCGGCGCUCCUCUCUCCGAUGGAUUCUCGGCUAACCUCCGACGAGCAUGAGGUCGCCGACGUUCUCCGCAAUCUCUCCCGGAUGUUCACCAUCAAACCAGAGCUGAAGCCCCGGCAACGCUACUUCGGCAUCCUCCCUCGAUGGGGUGUUCGAAAACCUAGAUCCAUACCUUCCAAUAAGCCCCCGGAUCCAUCCAAAGCUCUGGAACCGAAUCAGUCCAUCCCGCCUGCUCUUCCGGCCUCCUCGAGCCCCUCCACUCCCAUGUCCUUCCCGGCGACCAGUGAGGAAGCUGAACCCAACCUCGUUAGCCCUAAGAAGCCUUCGCCGUCUCGGAGCUACAAGAUUCAUCAACAGUGGAUUGAAGAACAGAACGAGAAAAUCGCGGUGUUGUCCGUCAUUGAACUCAAUAUCCAACAAAAGCUGGAAGCAUCCAGAGGCAACCAUAUAAGCAUCGAAGCUCAGAGUUCUUGGCUCAACGAGAUUAGUUUGCAGUUAAAACAGAGGACGAGAAAGAGGACGAGGGUGACAGUAGAGGAAACCGUGAACCCGAUGAACGGCUCAGAUCUCGCCAGCGUGGACCAGCACCAUCAGAUAAACGGCUGUGAUGAUGCCAACAACAACGAUCAUCGGAAGCGGGUGAUGGUUUGCUUACCGGAUCUGAACAUCUCGGCGGAGGAGAUGGAUAGGUGGGAACGGGCGGCGGAAGCGGCGCAAGCAAGGAAACGAAGGCUCGAGAUUUGUAGACAAAAGAGCUCCUCCACCGCCACCGCCACCGCCAUCGCCGCCGGUAGAGGGCUUCCUUCCCGGCCUAGUAUGAAGUUUAAGGUACGAUGGUGAUGACGUGUAAUGUUAUUUUAUUUAAUGAGUUUUCUUAAUGGGUCCAUGAUUUUUGGAGAUUGUUUCUCCCUUCUUUUUUUUGGCUAUUUAAUAUUAAUAAAUUUGAUUUUUUUUUUUUUUUAAGGAAAUGUUAUGUGACGGAAG